CAGAACAAAUACAUUUAUACAGUUUUGUAACAGCAUGAUGACAGAAUUUUUAUUUUUGGCUGAACUAUCCCUUUAACCACGGUCUUAAGAAAACUGUCCAGCUCAUCAAAGACCUAUUCUUGGAAGUAUUGUCUACUACACUAGCGGCUGUGUGUUUGGAUUUUUGUCAGUAGUCUUGUGUGAGCUCUGUGGAUCCCAGCAUUGCAGAGCUGCUCCGCAUUUUUUCCCUAUAAGAUGAUAGACUAAAUUAUAACCACAUGAGAUGAAUCUGAUGCUGUGAACCAAAGGACAGACAUGGGAAGGUAAAAGAUCAAUCAAGUAUUUAUUGCAUGCGUUUAGUGCAUAUUUCUCUUGUUAUGCAUUACUUUGGAUAGUUAUUACUAAAUUUCGCUGUGGUCUUAAAUAUUCUGAUAAUAUGGAGACAUUCAUGUUGUUAUAUGCUUUGUACAGUUGCCAUUUAGUAGUCUUUGCGUCUCCAAGCAUCCUCUCAAAGCAAAGUUUCCCCUGAUAGCAAAGGUCUAAAUUUAGUCAAGCUAUGACUGUGUUGGCCUAAAGUGUCAGAUUCCAUCCACAGCGUCCAUCUCUGCUACUCCAGCACCUGCUGCUAGCUGUAAUACCGUAUUAAGCUUGGCAGAAUCAUGCACCUAUGCCUAACUGUGAUCAAAAGGCUUCAGGACAGGUUCAUUAAAUCUUUUUUUUGUGCAUGAUUCUGGUUCUCUUUAAAAAGUAAUAUAAGCCGGUGUCUGAAAAAGGCUCUGUGCGAAUGGCACACAACUAUUUUUUUUCUUUUUUGCUUUGCUGAGGGACUGGAUCUAUCUGUGCACUCAGUUUGGCACCUGGACGCCCCUGUUGGAGCCUCAUUCACUGGUACUAUCUCUUGUAAAUGUCCUCCGGAGGGGCUGGUCUCCUAUUCCAUUCAAACUGACCAUACAGAAAACAGCUUAAAAGGUCUGAAAACGUUCACUGAACAGCUUAAAAGUCGUAACCAAAUGCCUGUGGCAUCUGAAGAGGAAAAAUGGACCGCUGGGUUCUAGAGGGAGACAGCUACUCAUUUUUCCGCAGCGCACCACGAGCAUUUAACUUGCAAAAUCGUGACGUGCCAAAUCGCGUGGAGAUCUUUGACAUCACUGCAGUUCCCAGCCAUCGUAAUGCCAUAUCUGAAACAACCUGCCUUUGUGACAUUUUCGGAGAUGAUUGUGAAUCUCCAUCGCUUUCCAGUAGUCCGCCCUCUGCCACAUGUCUUAAAAGGGAAGUAGAUCAGCCUUUUCCAGUGGAUGAUGCCAAUGAUUCUUCAGGAUCAUAUCACACUGCCAGUGGAUCUGACUCGGGGGACAAUACUGAAGUCACUUACACUACACCUUCUCCAAAAAAUAUAAAGGAUUUUUCCACAUGUGAAACCAGGGAAUCAAGUUCAUCGCCAAUUGAAUCAAGUUCAAUUCAAGUCUCUAAAAAUGGACUUUACCCUUUUCACUGCACACCGCCUGCACACCAUGUAAAUAGUGAUGAGCUUUCACAUGAAGAUAACUGGGAAGAACCACAAGUGUCAGCGAAUGAAACAGAAAGGAUGAUUGUAUCUGAACCACAGGAGUUUCAUUUGACACCAGAUGCGAGUUUGAUUACUUUAGCAAAGGAGCCUUUGGAGGAAAGUAAACCUGCCUUUCAUGAGCAAGGAGAAAUGAUUACAGCCCCCCAACAUACAAGCACACUUUCAGAUGAUGUUGUUUCUUUUGAGAAAACAGAAUGUAUAAACUCAUCACUUACUGAUCAUUGUUCACAACAGGAAGACUUGCUCUUGACGAAACAAAUGGUUAAUAGUGGAUCUCCAUCAGAACUUAAAAUGUCCACCUCACCUGCAAACGAAGAUAUUAAUUGUAUACCUGUACCCAGUUUAACACACGAGCUCAAGGUAACAUCUUCCUCCUCCCCUGUAAGGAGUGAAAUAUGCUCCACACCUGUUUCUUUGGGUAAAUCUUCACCUGUUUUGUCGAAUUUGUGUUCAACACACUUGGAGAGCACGUCAAGUUUUCCUGACAUGAAAGACACGUGUGGCACACCUGUUUGUACACAUCCUUCCAGUAUUGAUAUGGAAUUCGAUGUGUCUACCACUGAAUCAAAAGAGCUGGUGUAUUCUGCAGAUGCCAGAGAAAGACCAGCAUCAGCUGAGAUCAAUGACAUCUGCUCCUCUCCUGAUGUCCUAGCACCUGUUCACACACCUGAACCUAUAGUCACUCACUCACCUGUGGAUUACACCACCAGCCCAUCACCUACAAGUGACAGAAUUAUUUAUUCAACUGAACCUGAAGCCUCACCAUCUCCAGGGACUGGUCACAGUGAAAUUGGCUCCAUGUCUGAUCACUCAGCAACGACUCACUCACCAGAACCAGUAAUGAUUCACUCACCUCAGAGUUAUUUAAGCAACUCAUCUCCGUUAAAUGAGAGGGAGAUGUACUCAACUGAACCUGAAGACGUACCAUCCUCCCCUGUCAUCACUGGCAUUGGUAACAGUGACAUUUGCUCAAUGUCUGAUCACUCAGCAACGACUCACUCACCAGAACCAGAAGCGAUUCACUCACCUCAGAGUUAUUUGAGCAACUCCUCUCCAUUAAAUGAGAGAGAUGUGUAUUCAACUGAACCUGAAGACUUGACAUUCUCCCCUGGCAUUGGUAACAGUGAUAUUUGCUCCUCUCCUGACCACUCCGUUCCUGCUCACUCACCAGAACCAGUAAUAAUUCACUCACCUAUGGAUUAUACCAUGAGCCCAUCACCUACAAAUGAGAAAAAUGUCUAUUCAGUGGAUAGGGAUGAGCUUUCACCUUCCCCUGCUCUCUCAAGAACUGACUACAGAGUGACACCAACAUACAGUAUAGAUUCUGCACCUGAGUUAAGAAGCAUUACCUCUACUCCAAACAGUAGACAAAACUACCUUACACCAGAUCCCACUUCACCAGCCCCUUCACUUGAGCUGAGGUCAGUCACACGCUCACCUGAAAUAAAGACAAUAUCUCAUAGUGUUCUGCCACAAGAUACCUGCCCUGGUAUUGAAGGGGUAGCAAACAGUGUUGUUUCACUGACUGAAGCUGACUGUGGCAACUACUCUGAAACUUCGAACUCUCUUCUUGGAGAUGAUGCCUCUUUCUUACCCACCUCAGAUAAAUUUUUGUCAACACCAAGGAGCAUAUCAAGGCCAUCAUCGCUUGGUUCAAACCAGAUCAGAGAUACAGCAUUAUCCUCUGAUCUCCAACCAGCCCUGGAACCUUCCAGCACUCUUGUUCAGGAAGAAAAUCAGCCCUUACCCAUAAUCUGUGAACAGAGUCCUCCUUCUCCUAGCCGAUUAGAAAGCAGACAUUUUGAUGACCUUGCUCACACAGAGAUCUUUGAACAAACCCCAUCAGUGGAUGAAUGUAGAGAUUCUGCACCGCAAGAUCUCACCCAAAUGCCGACCUCUCAAGAAUCACCAACACCAGUGGAACAAAUUAAAACAAGUCAAGAAAUUGUCAGUGACGACAGAACUGAUUUAAAUAUGGAAUCUGUGGAAAUUAAAAAAUUUAAUUUAGAGGUUUGUAAUAAUAAUGAAAGCGAAAUGUUGAAGAAUGAUACUGCAGGUAGUGACAAGACUUUUAACCAAGUGCCUGUGGCAUUAUGUGAAAGUCCAGUGGCUAUCUGUAAGGACAAUGGCAGAGAAUACGAUAGUGAGCCAUGUGUAGAGAAGGAAGAGAGUGAAAAGAGAGAGGGAGAAGGGGUGGAGAAUAGGGGAGAGAGUAGUUACAGAGAGGAACAGGUUGACCUGUCACUCAGUGCCAGGAAUAGAAAAGGGCCUGCAGGCCACAGCCCAGCUCCCUCAAGUCGAGACCAAAAGUCUGGAAUUCCAGCUCGGUGUUAUUUUGAGUCGCACCCUACAACUCUACAGCAACAGGGUCAUCUUAGAGCACAGGUCUCACAACAAGAGAACAAGUUAGGCGCCGGGAGGGUCCAGACAUCUGUCCACGGUAAAAUAAGCAGUGUAGGCUUUGUUCCUCCAGAGUGUCUUGGUGAGGCCUCCAGCAUGGGAAGUGAGUUUGAUGAAGCAGACAAUGAGGUGAAGUGGUUUACAGAUUUUGCUUUCAAAAGCCUAUCUAGUCCUGAGGUGGAUUAUUUGGAUGUGUACAAUUCAAGCCACAGGUCAUCUACAAAUGUUUCACAUCCAUCUACAAAUGUAGACAGCCCUGGUGCUGUUGCAUGGAUGACCUACGCAGACUUACGUGGCUCAACGUUACACGAAAAUGAUGAUUUGUUACACAGUGCUUCUUUAUCAUCACGUGACGGCCUGGACACAGCUAAACGCUUUGAGAUGGGCAGUUUUGAGUGUGUGGAUGUUGCAUUAGAGACAAAGGAAGAGUCUUGUAGAAGAAAAAGGACCGUACCCAAAAGACAGAUCCAGCUGCUGAGGCGGAACACAGAUGAGUUGAAGCCCAAAACAAACCCUGAAAAUGUUUUGGAUUCACUCUCUGCACAUAAAAACUUAAAAGACACUCUUGUUCGACAACAUAGCACACCAGCCUUUGUGCAAGAGAAGAUGUCCAGGGAGGAGCCAGCUUCACCUCAGACUGACAGGAAACAAACCUUGCAGAAAUCUUUGUCUUUAGAUGAUGCUCCCCCUAAGACUCAAAUGGCCUCCUCUAUCAUCAAAAGCAUCCUGUCAAAGAAAAUGCAUGAUGCACAAAAAGAAACAUCGGGAAUUAUAAGUCCUACUGGAGAUAAGAACAGGCACCCAGAUAUCAGUCCUAGUUCUGAACAAAGUAGUAUGGAGAAGCAUAGUCUAAGCUCUAGCCAACACUCUGAACAUAUUUUUUCAUCUAAAGAUUUUGCUGGUAAAGGUGAGAGAAGUCCACAUCAGAUACUGAAAAAGUGCCCUCCAAAAGUUCCUCCAAAACCAAUUUUCAGACCUUUAUUCAUAAAUACUGGUGAAGCAGAUUUAAUAAGAAAAGAAGAAACGAAGCUCAGAGUGGCCCAUCCAUUUGAGGACAAAGCACUUGUGAAACUAAACAGCAAGAAUGAUAAACAAGAGGAAAGAGGCGGUAACCUGAAAGAGCAGUACAAUAGGGCCUCAGCAAAUGCCAGGAUCACAAGUGCUGCUCUUGCCACUCAAACAGUAACCAUGCAGAGCAGAACGACAAACAGAGACAGGGAGCGGCAAAUGACACAAGAAAAUAGAAGGCAACAUGAUGGAAGCGUUUUUAUGUCAAAGACCCCAGAAAUAACUCUCAAACCUUCCACUUUCAAAGAGAAAAAGAAGUCGUCUCUGAAGGUUUCUCUAUCUCCUGACUUAGAACGGUCCAAAGAAAUUUGUGAAUAUCCGUCAAUGGAAAAAUCAGCAGAAGAUGUGGAAGUGGAAGUUCCAGACAUGAAAGAAGAUGACAAAACAAAAUCUGUCAUACACAAAGUAAGGGAUGUGAGGAAAUUGGUUAAAAACCCAUACAACCUGUCUUUCAAAGGAUCAAAUUCAACCUGCGCUGCAGAAGAUGCACCUUUUCAAGAGAAAAGAGACCGGCCGCCACCAACUCCUCCAGCCUUGCACAUUGAAUGUAAAGCUAUCAGUUGGAAGGACAAGCAAACAAGCAGUAAAGCAACCCACUGGCAAGGUGAAACACAGCCUGUUGACAUAUCAAAAAUAUCUCAACCACGGCUGGCUGCAGAGACAAGCAGAGAUACUGACAUCACUGAAAUAACAUCCAAAGCCUCUUUGACAACAAUACUGCCUACGGACUCCCAGUGUACAACCUUUGGAGGAUUAAAUGAACCUGGCAAAACCACUGAAAGAUCUUCCCGUCACUGUGAUCAGAGUAGAAUGCAAGUAAUGCCACCUAGACCCACUAGUAAGGACAGAGAAGUUUCAGCCUUGAUGGUUCUCCAGGAUGGCACAUCCAAAACAAUUCAGAACACCUCUGACUCUCUGACGGUCACUGACUCCAAUCAAACAAAAGCUAUAAGCAGCAGCCAUUCUGUGUCCAUGCUACUGAAAGAAAAAGGAAUGCAGGCAGACAUUGGAGUGUGUGAUGUUAUCACUAAUGGUGUGACUGCUACAGCUAAACAUGUCAACAGGCUUGAAGUACCUUUACAGGCCUCUUUAUCGGAAGCUCAUGCGAGCACGGCCAAAAUGUGGCCUGGCAGUCUAACAGCACUUGACAACAGUUUUUCAGGGACAGUCCAUAGUCAAGAUCUUAGGACAAAGGAUAAAAGUGAGAGUUUCAAGCAAACAUUGACAGAAGAAUCCUCAGUGGAACAAAGAAAAGAACAAGAAAAGACAAAGAUAUCUGACACGACAACUUUGGCACAAAUUUCAACUAACCUGACAACAUCUGUGAAGCCAGAGGUGAGGCCUGUUUCAAGCAGUAUUAAAAAUAACACCAAGACAACAACUGCAUCGAAAGAAAUUGAGUUACCCAUACAAGUCAGGUCAAUUUCCUGUGAUAGGCUUAAGCCAUUUGUACCACCACCUAAAACAUUUAAACAGUCGUUUGCAGAAAUUAAGUCGAUGUCAUGUGAUGUACCUAAAGCAGAUAAACAAACUGCAUCUGUUAUUAAACAGCAAACCAAAUCAACUAUUGAACCUAAGAAAAAUGAAUUGCACCCAACACUGAACGAGGCCUCAUCAAACAAUACGAAAAAACUGGCUGUAUCAGCUGUAUCAAGCUACAAACCACCACCCAUCCCAGUGACAUCAACUCCAAGUUCCGUUCAGAAAUCCACAACAGCAACAUUUACCAGUGUGGAUCAACAGCAAUCUUCUGCUUUCUUCCAAGCCCCCACCUCUUCCCAGCAAAUGACAACAUCCUUUAGCCAAGACCAUUCAAUUUUACCAAGUUCCUUUGCUUACAACACUUCCAUUAAACCCACAGGUUCACAGGCCUAUAGCCACGCACAACCUGUGACAAGAGCAUCCAUUAACCGAUUUAACACAGAAGACCAUCGUUUCUAUGCUACGGAUGACCCUCCCAGCUAUGAUGAACGAGAGCGUUUCAGCCCGCUACGGGUGUCAGAUUUGCCUCCGCAAAGCCUAUGCAGGCUUCAUCCAAACAUUAUGCAAUCUGCAUGUUCCUGCACACAAACUUCCCACUUAAAUCAAGGUCAUCCCCACCACAAUCCACAAAUCCGGACACCACCAGUUUCACAGUCUCCAGGUCAAGUUCUCACCUGUCAAGGAGCUCCUCCACAAGCUCAGGUUCGUCCUCAUCAGUGCAGGCCGGAGGGCCUAAAUUACUUACCAGUCUCGACAAAUACCACAGCUCCCCAUGCCUCGGCUUUGAUUCAGCCUAUGCACCACCCGCGAGCCUGUCCUGUCCCAAACACACAACCUUAUGGUGAAGACCACCCACCCACAGGGCCGCAGAUGGACAGACGGAUGACUAACUGUCACUCGCCACAAGCAGUAGGUCAUGCACCUUAUCAUGAGUAUGCUAACAUGUCUACUCUGGAUCCCAGACCUCAGUUGUUCAGUCCCCAAGAAUUACCACCAUCCUUUGGUCACGAUUAUGGAAAUGACGGUCCAGGAGGAGCCAAUGUAUUGUAUCCAGAUAAUGCAAGUGGGAUUAGCUGUAGUCAAGCUCCUCGUCGGGUGCUUCUUGAUCCAGACACUGGUAAAUACUUCUAUGUCGAAGUACCAAUGCAGCCACUAAGAAAGAUGCUCUUUGAUCCAGAAUUGGGCCAGUAUGUGGAAGUUCUCAUACCACAACAGACAAUGUCACACUCUGGACUGUAUCAACCAGCUGCACCACCAUAUUCCUCUCUGCACCAUCCAGGGUUGUAUGCACCGCAGUACCUACCGUAUGCAGUGCCAUCUUACCCGACAAUCCCCAGCAGUACCCAGCAAGUACGCCAUCCAGAAGCACCUCCUGUCCCAACCACACUUCAUCAGACAUCCUUAAGAUACGGAAGUCCUGCAUCCCAGAUGCCAAAAACUGAACCAAAAGGCCACUCAUCGCUUGAUCAAAGCUAUCUGGAGAACAUGUAUUACAUUCCCACUGGGAUCAAUGCAAGCCCAAAUUCUGCUCCUUCGGACUGCUACCACAAGCCAUCCUCAAACUUGCCUCCUCCUGGGGGAAGAAGGGUAUAAAACAUCAGCAAACACAUGUGGCCUGUUUACAUUUUUAAUCCAUUUCAGUUUUUUUGGUUCAAGGGGGCUAUACGAAGUAAAGGGUUUCUAGUCAAAUUUCUAGUUGUAAUUGCUCAACUGAAAGACUUUUGCUGAAUUCAUGUCACUUUUAAUCAGCAUUUAUCAAAAAGUAUUGUGAAAGAAUAAAUGCUCAGAAUCAUCCCAGAAUAUAAUUAUUUGCUUAGAUUUGAUACAGUAUAUCAAAAAUGUCUUCAUUGAGCCCUCUUAAUAGCUACAAGUAUUUAUAAAUAUGUAUGUAUAAAGGGAUUUAUUUUGUUGCACCUAUCAUGUUGUGUUCACUUUUAAGUUCAGAAAUCCACAAGGCUCAUUCAAGUCUAACCGAGACUUCUCUCUUCUACUCAUGAGACAAAAAGUCACAGUUGGACUUGAACAACCCUCAUAUGACCUAAUAUGUUGUUGCUUCGUGGAAGGCCUUUGAUGUGCACUGGGAUGCGCAAGUCAAUAAAGGCUGCGCAUUUGUGUAGAUGAGAAGAAUAUGGAUGAACAAGAUCCACCAGUGUUCAUCAGCAUAAGGACUGCACAUGAUUUCUAUCAUCAGACAACUGUCAUGUAAUAUUUUUUACACACAGAUGCACCCAAUUAAAGGUAAUUGUGUACUAAA